GGGGUUCCGGGGGAGCGGACCUCGGUCCCCCGGCGCAGAGAUGGGGAGAGGGCUUCUAAUGGCGAGGAACACCUCUGCCCCAUUCCUCCAUCACCAGCACCACCCAUCACCUCCACUGUCACCUCCGCCCUGCCCCAGGGCCACCCGGAAAGCCUCAGAAGAGCAGGAGAAGAGCCUCAGCCAGGCUCAGCCCGGCUCCUGUGGAAACUCUUGGAAAAAGAGGCCUGGUCCCAAGAGAUAAGUGGAUGUUUGUGCCUGAACCGGCACACAGGUCUUUCCAGGCUCAGGCUUGGGAACCGACCCUUCUCCCCUGCCCUGUGCAGCCUUCUCUCCCGUGGGGCUUGAAGCUGGGCACCCUGGGGGCCAUGCAGAAGGCUGGGGCAAGGGGCCGGAGGGCCUCUGACUGCGGCCCUGCCCCUUACCGGCCCAGGUGCAUCACCAAGUUUGCCCAGCAGUAUGUGGGCUCCUUCUCCGUGGACGAUCUGGACACCCAGGAGAGCGUGUGGCUGGUGCAACAGCAGCUGUGGGCGCUGAAGGACUGUCCCCGACGCCGGGCCGUCAUCCUGAAAUUCAGCCUUCAGGGCCUCAAGAUCUACAGCGGGGAGGGUGAGGUGCUCCUGAUGGCACAUGCCCUGAAGCGAAUACUCUACUCCACCUGGUGCCCAGCCGACUGCCAGUUUGCCUUUGUGGCCCGAAACCCACGGAGCCCGGCCAGCAAGCUCUUCUGUCACCUCUUUGUGGGCAGCCAGCCUGGAGAGGUCCAGAUCCUGCACCUGCUGCUCUGCCGCUCCUUCCAGCUCACUUACCUCUUGCAGCACCCUGAGGAGCGGGCACAGCCUGAGCCCUGCGGGAGGCCUGCGGGGGAUGUGCCCCUGAAGCCACUGUCCAGUCCUGGGGUCCCCCCUGGCUUAGUACGGGAGCCCUUUGGCCGAGAUCAGCUCUCGCAGAACGUUCAUGCACUAGUCUCCUUCCGGCGGCUGCCAGCAGAGGGGCCCAUGGGCAGUAUGAAGGAGCUGCCAGAACUGGAAGGCCGUGGGGGGCCUCGCCAUGCCCGCCUGGGGAAUCCCUACUGCUCGCCCACGCUGGUGCGCAAGAAGGCCAUUCGGAGCAAGGUGAUCCGCUCGGGGGCCUACCGCGGCUGCACCUACGAGACCCAGCUGCAGCUGUCAGCCCGGGAGGCCUUUCCUGCUGCGUGGGAGGCGUGGCCUGGGGGUCCUGGCGGCCCCUCAUGCCUGGUGGACAGUGAGGGCAGCCUGACGGAGAACAUCUGGGCCUUUGCUGGCAUCUCCAGGCCCAGUGCCCUCGCGCUGCUGCGGAGAGACGUGCUUGGGGCCUUCCUCCUGUGGCCUGAGCCGGGCACCAGUGGCCAGUGGUGCCUGUCGGUGCGGACGCAGUGCGGUGUGGUGCCCCAUCAAGUGUUCCGAAACCACUUGGGCCGCUACAGCGUGGAGCACCUGCCAGCUGAGUUCCCCAGCCUGGACGCCCUGGUGGAGCACCAUGCCGGGACCGAGCGCAGCCUCUUCUGUUCCCUUGACAUGGGCCGCCUGAACCCCAGCUAUGAGGAGCAGGACUGUGGGCCCGAGGGGAGGCCACCUCGGACACUCCGGCCCCUUAGCCAUGCCAAGUCAGAGGCAGAACUGCUCGGUCUGGGCUAGGAGGCCAGCCCCCAUACCAGCAGGCCCUGCCUCAUCCUGGCUCGUGGGCCUCAGCAGGCUACUCUGCCCGUCUUCCAUCCCGUUGGUCACCAGUUUCAUCCAGUCGCUCUGCCCCUUGGACCAGUCCUCCAUCACUUCACUGACCGUAUGGGAGAGUCCUGAGAUUUGGGAUUGCCAGUGGCUUCUCAUACGACAUGUGGCCCCUUGAGAUUGCAGGAAGGGCAGACAGAGCUCCAGGCUUCUGGGAACUUGCUGGGGGACUUGGAUGCUUGUCCUCUCUGGGCUUCACUUUGACAGGCGAGGGAGAAGUGUUCAGGAAGGCAGGAGGAGUGAGUUCUCGCUUUGAGCAAAGGCCUGAGGGUGAGCCACCCUCCUCUCCAUGAGAGACAGAGAAACCAUCAGAUGCUGACCAGGGCUGUCAGGGGCCACCUCACCUCACUCAGCCAGCUCCAUCAGGGAUUGAGUCAGAGCAGAACCAUCCAGUUAGAACUGACGUGGGCCGUGUCAGAGGGGGCUUGGCCUCAGUGGGCAGAGGGGAUCCACAAAAAUGUCUCCAGUCUAAGGCACUGGCCCUGCACUGACUGACUGAUCCAGGUAUCACCCUUUAUAAAUAAACAUGACAGGCUUAAGUCUAACAAGUUAGGGAGCAAGGUCACUUUGGAUGAACUUCUAUUUCUGAGGCAGAGACCUAGUCAUGAGUCUGGAGGCUGCCCUUUCCCCCACCCCGGGAGUGGGCUGUGACUGUUCAGUGCCUCAAAAGUAACAGGUUUCUGACUCCUGGAAUGAAGAUGGCAGCCUCAAGUGACAAGAAAUAAGGGAGAACCCUCAGAAGCUGGUGUUCCAGCUUACAAUUUCCUACCCAGGAAGUGGUCUUGGCUAGGGACUUUGUCAUUCUUGUAAGGGUUAGGAGGAAGCCAUCUUUUGGGGCUCUUUUUACUAGAACUACAACACUGAUUUUGUACUGAAUGUGGUUGGGAACCUGGGACUCGCUUUACGGCCAUUUCUACUGGAACUCCUCUAUCCCCUGGGCAAAACCCUGCUCCCUAGUGGGAGGCCUCAGCCCUGUAUUGCCCUGGCAAGGUUUGGUAAUACGGUGCCCACGAUUACAGCACUGGAGUCACACUUUUAAGAAGACCUGGUAACUGAUCCAGGCUUCAACCAAAGCUUAUUACCUCUGUGAUAUCUCUGUUUUGGAUGUGUUUUGUUGUGUAAAUUAUCUGUGUGGACAAGGCGUCAGGAAUGUUCCCAAAGCACCUUAACAUUUCUUCACACAUUUAUUGCUCACGUGGUACAACCAUGGCAAGGUUUUUGUUCCAUGUGUGCAGAUGCUUCAACAUCUUAAUGAUAGAUUAGUUUUCUCUGUCCCAACCAGUACUACUUGGGUAGCCCAGCUCUCCUUACUGUGUGUACUUGAAAUAAAAUGCAUUUUUCCA